AUGGCUGAUAAACCAACCAAGCACAAAAUCAAGAGCAAAAAGCAUAAACACCAGCAUCCAGACGACCCGGCGUCGGCAUAUUCCACCGCCGAUAUCUCCUUCAAGCCCUCCUCCGAUGUCAAGCCGCAGAGCGGCUGUGGUGGUUUUCGUGUUCGAAUUGGAGGGGCUGAGGGCGGCCGCGAAUCGGCUGUAGCCGACAGAGAUGUCGCUAGGAGAGGUGAACUGGAGGCUGAUUCGGGAGAUGGCGAGUUGCGAGAUGGCGCAGUUCAAGUUACGGAAGAGGAGGUGCGAAUAGUAGUGUACGCGGUGAGGAGCUCGGCCCGCCAUCUCCAUAAAAGGAUUCACCCGUCAUCUCCAUCUUGUUUGAUCCGUCCCACUUACACCGUUGUCUUCGCGAAGCAACAAAUGGCGGACUCAAAAUUUAAAUCCUCAUUUAACAAACCAUCUUUCUCUACGUCGAAGCUAACAAAUAAGGGUAAUGAAUGGAGAUCGAGAUGUUCGCCUGCAUCUUUCAAAGAUAUCAUGAAAGAUGUUAAUUUUAUUUAA